AAAUCAGGGACGAUAGAUAGUUCUCACUUCUCACGUUCUCUCCAUCUUCACUCUCUCCUCUGAGAUCCAGACUCUUAUUAUUGGGGAAGAAGUUUGAUUUUUGAUCGGAAGAAGAAGAAGUCGAGGCAUUAUUCGAGCGGUGGUUGAAGAGGAGAUGAUGGCGUCGGAUCCAAAACUGAAGGCAGAGAUAGGUCCCGACGGAUUAGCAAGAGAAGCUCCUGUUAUUGCUUACACUGAGAAGAUAAUCGAGGAAGAACAACUUCAGUUGAGGAAAUACAUUGAGGAGAACUAUUCAAAGAUAAGGGAUGUCGAAAGGGAAUUUGGAAACCUCACCUUGGAGAUGAAACUCACUGCUGGUCCUAAGAAAGUUGCGCUGGAACACUUGAGAAAGAAGAUUGAAGCCUGUACUGAAAAGAUCCAUGCUGCUAAGUUGAAAGAAGAUGAAGCCCGCAAGGCAUAUGAAGCAGCAUCAAAAGUUGUCAAAGAUGAAGAAGCAAUAAAGCAGAGCCUUUGCGAUGAUUUAAACAGUCUGGUACAAGAAAGCAGCAAUACUCAGUACGCCAGACUUGAGGAACUGAAAAGAAGACUAGAAGCGCUAAAUCCAAAUAGAUCAUCAUCUACUUCUAUUCAGCAAGUCCAUGAACCGGAGACUAAAUCUGUAGCCGACAGCUUACCAGCAGCAGCCAGUGCUAAUCAGACUCACCCGGAAAACCCAGUUAAUGACAACUGGAAGGAAGAGGGAGGUAAAGAACAAGGACAGAGGCCAGAUGGAGAAUCAAAAACGAGGAAGAAACCACAGAUUCAAGGAAGGGGAAGAGGAAUUGGAAUCAUGAACAAAGGUAGAGGAGGUUGGACAGGUGCUGGAUUCGAUGUGGAUGGUAGAAACUGAAAAGUUGAAACAUAUAUUACAAUACACACAUCCAAAAAUUACCAGGUAGUUUCUCUUUAUCUUUUAACAUCAAUGGACCUAUAGCUCUACAGAGACCUCUCAGUUACUCGUGUGUUACUGACAAGUAAAACCAUUCAAUCAUAUUUGGCUUCUUUAAUCAUCAUCUUUAUUGAUUUUAUGAUCUGUGAACUGUGUAAGAUGAUUAGAUUGGGGUUUGAUUGGUUAUGGUAUGUUUCAA